ACACCGCCCCCACUUCACACGGAGACGAUGGCGGCAGCAGCAGCAGCGGCAGGUGCCUUGAGGUCGUUCUACGAGCUGUCGGCCAAGACGCUGGGCGGCGAGCUGGUCAACUUCUCGCGCUACCGCGGCAAGGUGGUGCUCAUCGAGAACGUGGCGUCCCUCUGAGGCACGACCGCCAGGGACUUCACCCAGCUGAACGAGCUGCAGGGCCGCUACGGCGCCCAGGGGCUCGCGGUGCUCGGCUUCCCCUGCAACCAGUUCGGCCACCAGGAGAACACCCAGAACGAGGAGAUCCUGAACAUCCUGAAGUAUGUGCGUCCAGGCAGCGGCUACGAGCCCAACUUCACCAUGUUCGCCAAGUGCGAGGUGAACGGCAAGGAUGCGCACCCAGUCUUUGAGUUCAUCAAGGAGAAGCUUCCCCUGCCAUCCGAUGAUCCCGUCUCCUUCCUGCAAGACCCUAAGAGCAUCAUAUGGAGCCCGGUUUCACGCUCUGACAUCGCGUGGAAUUUUGAGAAGUUCCUGAUUGGGCCCGACGGGCAGCCUUUCAAGCGCUACAGUAGGAAGUUCCAUACCAUCGGCAUUGAGGAUGACAUCAAACUCCUUCUGAAGCAAGCGUCAUAGGGGUUUUUUGUACAAGUGAUGUAGGCAUUUUUCAAGCCGCUGGCAGCGUGUGCCCUGCUUCAGAUAUUAGAAAUGCUAUUUUGUGAAAACGUCCCUCAAAAAUUUCCGAGAGAAGUUUGAUGUCCUGUAGCAGAUCUAAUGUCUUAUGUUCUUGGCACGUCUGGUCCAUAUGAGCUUGUCUUCUAUAUGUGCCUUGCAAUAAAAUUAACGCCUACUUUUUGGGA